CCUUCUCUCUCUCUUGUCUCUCUGAUCUCUCUCUCUCGCUUUUCUCACACACACAACACACGAUCCAAUGUCGACGAGCAACAACGUGAACGGAUGUUUCGGAGACACGAAGCUGACCAAAGUGUUCGUAGGAGGAUUGGCUUGGGACACUCACAAAGAAGCAAUGUAUGAUCAUUUCAUCAAGUAUGGUGAUAUCUUGGAGGCAGUCAUCAUCUCCGACAAACUCACUCGCCGUUCCAAAGGCUACGGCUUUGUGACUUUCAAAGAUGCGGAAGCUGCAAAGAGAGCUUGCGAAGACUCGACUCCUAUCAUCAAUGGCCGCCGUGCCAACUGCAAUCUCGCCUCCCUCGGUGGUGGUCGCCUUCGUAAAUCCCCCACCAUGGCCUCUCCUCAACAAGGACAAAAAAAUGGGAACAGGGCCACGCCAUCACUUGUAGGGAAUCAAGCUCAAUGGUACUACCCGGCUGGAUACACACACCAUCAACAUCAACCUCACCCACAACAACUUCACCAAGCCGUUCCUUACUAUGGGUACCCUUCCACCUACGUCGCCCCGAACAUGACCUUCAAUCAAAAAGUUGGAUACGUUGGAGGAACAUAUAUGAACGGACACUAUGCUCAGAUGCAACCGCAACCACAAUAUUACCACCAUCAUAUGUAUAGUGGAGGACGAGUUAUGGUUGGGGCAAGUCCAGUGGUGCCUUUCUACACUGUCUAUCCCUAUCAUCAGUCUCAAGCCAUCGGGUUUCCACCACCUUCCUUUUCGAAACCCCUUUCUUAUUCUACUCCUCCCAUAUCAGUAUCAGGCACCGUUGGAGGAGAGAGCAUACAGAAGAAGGCCAUACAUUGAUAGGCUACAAGCUGUUGAUCAUAUGACUGAGCCCAACACUAUUCAUUCUCCUUCUAUGACCAAGCUUUAUUUAUUUUUACUAGAGACAUGUAUUUUUAAAAUUUUUUAUUUCGUUACAUUUAAUAAUUUAUUCAUUGAAGCUAAGCUGAUAGAAUUUUGUUUUUGUUAUCUCUAAAAUUAAACCACUUUAUUAUGAAGUGUUUUUUUUUUUAAAUAUGAAUGGAAAUGACAUGAUAAAGGUGAGA